AUGGAGAGAGGAGGGUGGAGUCCAGUGCUUAGAAGAAGACGAGUAAGAAGAGUGGGCAAUCAAAGCAGCCGAUCUAAGAAUGUAGAUGGGUUGUUUACCAUCUUUGUAGAUGAGAUAACUGACUCUAUGGAUCCAAAAAGGUUGUUCACUUUAUUCAGUAAGUUUGGAAUAGUUAAGGACGUCUUCAUUCCAGCAAAAAGAAGACAAGUAACGAGCUCCUGGUUCGAAUUUGUAAGGUAUGACUGCAAGGUUGCAGCGGACAUGUCGGUGCAAAAGGUUGAUGGCAUAUGGUGUGACAAUAAAGCUCUGAAGGUAAAGAAUGCAGAAUACAGAAAAGGGGAUCAGAAACAACCCACAGUGAGGAACUUAGGAGGUCAAACGAUGGGGCAGUACCAACAAAGGAAUUUUGCACUGCAGAAAACAGAGUAUGACAAGGGAGUGCAAAACCAGCACACAAUAAGAAGUAGAGGAUGA